AUGUCCACAGGUUUAGGUUGUGGUCUGGCUGCUAACGUGAGUGGCGUGGCCCCCAGCAACUACUUCAAUAAGAGACUCCCAGUGGCAUACGGUAUCUGCAUGUCUGGAGGUGCAGUAGGACUGCUGGUAAUCGGACCAUUAACAGUUCAGCUGUUGGAGAUGUACACUUUAUCCGGCGCGUUGCUUAUUUUGGGUGCCAUUACAUUCAAUUUGUGCUUAGUUGGAGCUCUAAUUCGACCAUCAUCUACUCUGAUGCAAGAGGAGUCAAUGUCAAUAGAUCUCGCCCACCGCCAAGAAGACACAGAGGAGAUUUGUGAUGCACAAGGAGAUCCUACAAUGACGAUGCAAUCGCAACAUAAUGUUCUAACUGUAGAAACUACGACCGUCAAGUUUGAACAGCGUGACGAGAACCAAUGUUCUCCAGCUGAUUUGCCUCGGAUUGUUAAAGAAAACAGUCCUGGGAAAGCUAUUGGAAACAUUAUCCUUCACGUUGGACUACAAGGAAUGACAGCAGUGUCCCUUCUGCUACUCCCCGUGCUGUCACAUACGUACAGUCUCCAAAUGAUUUUCAGUGCCCUGUAUGGUACAUACAGUCAGGGACCUUACACAUUGGUCUUAUUUAUGAAAGUACUGGGGUGUAUGACUUAACGUUUCUUUUCUCAGGUGCCUGUUUCAUCAUUAGUGCCUUCCUCGCCUUGUGUAUUCCAUUGACCAAGAAGCCAAACAAAUGGAUGUUUAAAUCUAUGUAUGAAUAGAUAUAGUAUUUUAUAUCCC